UCAAUUUAAAUAAUUUAUAAAUAUAUUUUUUCAAGGAUGAAUUCAGUAAAGAACGACGCCUUACUGGCAGGUCCAGUAAAAGAGAGUAGAUUCCCUGGACAGAGGCCAUGUCAACUAUUCUCUGAUCUUGCAAAGAGUCAUCCUAAUGCCAUCGCACUCAUCUGGGAAGAUGAAGAGACGUUUAAUAGGCAUCAGAUGACAAUGGAGCAGCUAGAAAGAAAAAGCAACCAACUAGCCAGAGGAAUACUUCGCCAUUGCAGUCAACUGGUGGCGCCCAACAACGAUGGUGAUCGUGUGAUCGUGAUCUGCAUUCCUCCGUCCUGGAAGUUGAUCUGCACAAUUCUGGCCAUCUGGAAGACUGGAGCCUGCUACCUUCCGAUAGAACUGCCAUCGUCCAGAGAUAGCGUGAAACAUUUGUUGGAAGAAGCCAAACCAUUCCUUAUCAUUGAUGACUGGGAGGAGGAAGACCUAUUUCCUGAAGUGAAUAAAAUCAGUUGGUCUUCUCUUGAGGAUAUUUCCAUUGGUUUGUCCGAGAGACCAUUGACUUGUGAAGAACAUUACCCCAUCAGGAGUGAUCCUACUGAAAUCAUCCUAUAUACUUCAGGCAGUACCGAUCUCCCAAAAGGUGUAAGGAUAAGGAGCAGCUCAAUUUUGAAUAGAUUAGAAUGGCAGUGGAGAUGUUUUCCUUUUGGAAAUGAAGAGGAAACUAAUUGCUUCAGGUCUUCUAUUACUUUCUUUGAUUCAGUGGCAGAGGUUUGGGCGCCAUUGCUAAAUCCAGAACAUCCACUGCCUAUAUUAAUUUUAUCCAGGAGUGCCAGAUUUAAUCCUCAGCUUCUAGUACCUAUACUAAAUAAAUACAAAGUUGGUAGGAUCAUAUUAGUACCAAAACUUCUCAAUUCGAUUCUCACACAUUUAAAAAACACAAAUGACAACACUAGCUUAAGACAGUUGAAAUUGUGGAUUUGUGGUAGUGAAACUCUUCCAUGCUCUCUGGCUGAGGAUUUCUUCGAUUGGUCCGAGACAAAUGGUGGCACACACAUAUUGUGUAACUCUUAUGGAAGAACAGAAACUAUGGGUGCUGUCAUAUACCAUGUGAUGAAAACUAAACAUGACAUACAGGUUAAAGGCAAAGUACCAAUUGGUGGCCCAGUUGAUAACACAGCGGUUUAUCUACUUGAUGAACAAAUGAGACCUGUAAAUAGUGGAAAGAUUGGAAACUUAUAUGUUGCAGGCAAACAAGUAGCCAAGAGCUAUGUUAAUGGUAGAGAUCCUAUCUUGUUUAUUGAGAACACAUAUACAGCUGAUCCAGAAUACAAAAUCCUGUUCAGGACCGGAGACUAUGCUUCAGUACACAAGGAGACCAUAUUGUUUGAAGGAAGAAAUGACUCUCAGGUAAAAUUGAGAGGGAAAAUAGUAGAUAUGAAUGAAGUAGAAACAGCUCUCAAUAAAUUACAAACAGUUCAAGAAAGUGUUGUCCUCUGUUACAGAACUGACCAGGCUGAUCAGGAACUGGUCGCUUUUGUCAAGUUAAAUGAAGGUGUGCUUGCAGAGUCUAACGACAUACAGAAACUUUUAUUGAAAAGCCUACCAUCCUAUGCCGUUCCACAGGUGACGAUAAUAGACGAGAUGCCAUUACGUGUCAACGGUAAAGUUGACAGGAAACAUCUUCUUCAUCGCUGCAAUCAAAUAGCAGUAGAUAAAAAAAGAAGAGCCAUAGGAUGUCUGUGGACAGUACUCAGUUCAGUGAUGCCCCAUGCGAUUCCGAAACUUUCUCUGGAGAGCAACUUCUACAGUCUCGGAGGAGAUUCACAAAACACAAUCGUGGUAAUUGAAAAGCUUAGCGAAGAAGGAUACAACAUCAAUGUAGCUGACUUUAUAAGUUCAGAAACAAUACUGGACCUGGUAAAUAAGAUGACUCCAAAAACUAAUGGAAAUAAGGGUUAUAAUAAAACCUCUUCAAAUAAAUAUAAAUUUGACCAAAUCUCAGAAAAGUAUAAAGCAGAUAUUUAUAGGAUCAUCACUGAUAGUUACUACAAUAAAUCCUGUAUUGAAAUGGGUAUGGAGCCUCCGGUGGAAAAGCAUGAAUACAUUCAGUUGCUUGAUGCUGUCUGGCCGAAGCUUAUUAAUAAUCCACUCAGUUUUGUCAUAAAGGACAUCAAUACGGAUGAGGUAGUCGGCUGCAAGAUACUAAUGGACAUCAUCGAUGACCAGCCUGUUAGGCUAAAAUCAAAUUAUGAUUACGUGAUUGAGCUCCUCGAAUCCCUGGAAGAACCAUUAAAAAAGACGCUUCCGAAAGGUAAGAUACUGUAUUGCGACAUGUUUGCUACCAAAAUGAAGCUAACUCCGCAGGAGAACGUUGAAUUGGCCCUCGAAGGGGCAUGGCAUUUAGAAGAUAUUGCGAGGCAGAAUGGUUUCACAGGCAUCUUCACGACAAAUUCUAACCCUUUAACAAAGCAACUUUCAGAGAUUGUUCUGGACUUCAAACAAUUGAAAAGUUACCAGAUGAACCAAUUCGUAGCCUCUGACGGAACAAGGCCAUUUAAGAAGGCUGACAACAGUGUGAUAAUAACAUGCUCAUUUAAAGAACUUUAUUAAAUUUGCUUUAUAUAAUCAUUGAAAAAGAUAUAAAAUGGAAUUAAUCUUGAAGGAAUGGAUUCUGAUCCCAGGCAGUAAGGGAUAGGAAAGGAAAGUGUAAGAAAUGUCUAUGCAUACUUUCCCAACUGUUUGUAUUAUAUGAAUAUAAAAAUUAAUGUAUAAUAAAGAGUUAUUUAAAUUAAAAUAUUAUAUUAAU